GCCAGUGAACACACCGGAGAGAAUCAUGUAUAGGAUAAACCUCGUACUACUGGUGCUAUGCUCAGCCUCGCAGGCGGUGUACGUAAACCGGAUGAGUACCAUCAACAGGGUCCGGGCGCCGCCACCGUUUCGCCCGGGGGUGAUGCUGCGGCCGAUGUACCAGCAGAGACUCGUGGCGACGCCGUCACAUAGGCCGUACAUCAUGUAUAGAAACACCCCGCAGAGUUUUAAUUCCAGAUACGCCAUAAAGAAGUUCAACGCGAGUCCCGUACAUUUCAACACAAGGAAUGUGUUCUGGAAGAGCACCACUCCCAGGCUACCACUGCCGACCACACCAGUGGUGCCACCCACCCCGGAGUUCGACUUCGUGAGGUCCGCGUCGUCACCACCCAUCGUCAGUGCUGAUGGUACAGGUGCCAUCCACACCAUCCCAGCGCCCAACCUCAGUCUCUCAGAGAAACCCAUUGUUGUCAUCGACUCGGAAAAUAACGCCGGUAACGCCGCCAGUUUCGCACACGCGUCGAAACCAUCAUACGAAGUAACAGAGAGACACCCGGAACAGAGUUAUCACACCGGGAAGAUAAGUCAGCCCGCAGGCUUUUCCAAGCCGCAGGAAUUUGCCCCAAUCGACUAUCAAAAUAUAAGAGCCAACGCGGCUCUACAGUUCGCUUCUGAGUAUGGUCUACCAGCGAUACAAAUGCCACAACAGUCAUUCACACCUCAACAAUAUUCAAUGCAAGGAUUAUUCCAUGGAAUAAAUGGAUUGCCAGCACAAUUUCCAGAAAAUAUACUACAUCACAGAGAACCUGAGGGAAUAGUCAUACCACCCAAUCCGAUUUUCCAAUCAGAUCCAACGUUUUUGCAAAAACUUCAAGCUCAACUUAUGCAACAGUAUCCAACAUUGGAAUUCAUACCUUACGCACCGGAUGUACAACCUCAAAGUAUACCGCAGCCUUCGGAAUCUGAACCUCAAAUAUAUUUGUUGAAAAAUAACCAAAUAGUUAAACAAGAACCUUCUGCGUUCGUCCCGAGUGAAAACAAAAACGUCGUUCAAAGAGAAACAGAAGAAAAAUCAGUGAUACCAUUAAUUCCUCAAGCGUUUAGUUUAAAUAAUUCUACAGAAAACAAUCAAGCCAUAGAUACAACAACAGCUGCACAACCAGUCAACGUAACAUUAGUCGAAGUAAUAUCUGAAACUCAAACUCCGCCUACAACUAUUAGAUACGUAAUCGAAGCAAAUGAAAACGAGAAAACUACCCCGAUAUAUUUUUCUCAAGUUGGACAGACAAUGGACAAUGUUAUAGCUAACAACAUUUUCUCAGCAUUACCGGUUGUAAGAGAACAGCCGCAGACCGAACCGCCGGUUACUGUUAGCCAAGCACCAUCAACUACUACGACGACAGAAGGAACAACCACGACAACAACAAUUGCAACCACUACUCAAUUUGAACAAAAGACACCCACAACGCCGAAAAUAUUAAAUGAAGAGCGAAAGCAUCCCAAUAUAAAUCUUAAUUUGAUAGGAUCACCAUUCGAGAAGACAGCUGAAUCUGUUAAUGUCGCGUAUACUAUACUGCGAACAAAUGACAACCAGUCUGUACCGAAACUUAGCAAAGAUGGUUCUAUAUAUGCCGGUCAGCUCGUAGAAGCUAAAGUAAGUGAAGAUCAAGAUUUCAAUAAAGAAAAAGCUACAUUCGCUAAACGUGCACCACUCCGGUUAUUUGGUGUCACGGAAAAACUUAACACUGAACCUCCUAAAAUAAAUGUUGUUAAGACGAAUUUUCCACCAAAGAGUAAAUUGACGUUUGACGACAAGACUGGAGAGCCGGUUUUACGAAUAUAUGCCAGCUAUAUGGAUAACCCUUUUCAGAAGGAGCAGCUAACAACGAGAGUAUCAAACAUGAGGACGACUACGAUGGGGGCAAGGAAGCAAGACAAUCAAGAGAGCUGGAAGGGAGCGGGAAACAAAGAGAAGCUUGCUAGCCUAGCUAGCGACCCAAAUAGAGAAUCACAGUUUGGUUUGAAACUUAAAUCGAGAAGUGAUGACUACAAUAUACCAUUGUUUGACGAUUACGAGUGAAACAAUAUUAAUAAUGUAAAA